AUGCGAAACUCCAAUAACCACAAUAUAGAUAUUCUUAAAAAGAGUUGUGUUGGAGUUCAUCUAUGCACUUCAUGCAGAGCCUAUGUAUAUCCCGCUAUCUCCGAAGUUGCUAGAAAGUCUCAAACUAACUGUCCGCUAAAAUAUUGCGAAGGGAAACUGUUAUACAUGCCAUGCAAAGGCAACAGAGGGCAUCCCGUAACCCACUCUUGGCGUCGUGUUGGCAAAAGUUUGUUCUUCGAAGCAAAAGGUACUCAUGAUCAUCCCAAGCCUGUUGUCAAGGUUAGUAGAGUGCGCAAGAGAAGGAAAGAUUCCUGUAGUCAAAUGAAUAUUGAAAUGCCAAGCCAAGAAUCCCUUACUUUGUCUUCUUCAAGUACCUGUCUCCCCAAUGCAAUGCCUUUUCCACAUUCCAUUCGUAAGCUACUUUAA